AUGUACGCAGCUAAAGCCGUCGAAGUCAAGAACCUGGGCAACAAAGCCUUUGCCUCUGGUAACUUUCCUGUUGCGAUCGGACACUACUCGCAGGCCAUCGAGCUCAAUGAUAAGGAGCCCACUUUCUAUACCAACCGCGCCCAGGCGUACAUCAAAACAGAGGCGUUUGGUUAUGCCAUAAUAGAUGCCACAAAAGCCAUUGAGCUCAACCCGAAGCUUGUCAAGGCCUACUACCGCCGAGGUCUCGCCCGAACUGCCAUUCUGCGCCCCAAGGAAGCCGUGGAGGACUUUAAGGAAUGUGUGCGUCUCGAACCCACCAACAAGGAUGCGCGACUCAAGCUGGAAGAGUGCAAGAAAAUUGUACGGCAACUUGCCUUCUAUGCCGCCAUUGAAGUUGGCGACGAGCCCUCCGCCGCCGAGGGUCUCGAUAUCGCUUCUAUGCUUCUCGAGGACAACUAUGAUGGUGCCAAGCUUGGAGAUGAAAUGACUCAAGAAUUUAUUGACGACAUGAUUGAGAGAUUCAAGAAUGGUAAGAAGAUUGCUAAGAAAUACGUGUACCAAAUUCUUGUCGCCGUCAAGAAGAUCGUCUAUGACGAAGCGACCAUGGUUGAGAUGGAAAUCCCUGACGAUGUCCAACUGACUGUUUGUGGCGAUACACACGGUCAAUACUUUGAUCUUCUCGAGCUGUUCCGUAAAAACGGCAGGCCCACAGACAAGCACUGGUAUUUGUUCAAUGGUGACUUUGUCGACCGCGGAUCGUGGUCUUGCGAAAUUGCCCUGCUUCUCUACGCUUACAAGUGGCUGCGUCCCAACGGCUUCUUCCUGAACCGUGGAAACCACGAGACGGACGACAUGAACAAAGUAUACGGCUUUGAAGGAGAAUGCAAGGCCAAGUACAACGAGAGAAUCUUCAAAAUCUUCUCCGAGAGCUUUUCUGCCCUGCCCCUUGCCACUCUUGUCGGCAGCAAGUACCUCGUGCUCCACGGUGGACUAUUCUCCGACGACAAGGUUACCCUCGACGACAUCCGCAAGCUCAAUAGACACAACCAGAAGCAGCCCGGCCAGUCUGGCCUGAUGAUGGAGAUGCUCUGGACGGAUCCCCAAGAGGAGACUGGCCGCGGACCUAGCAAACGUGGUGUCGGUAUGCAGUUUGGUCCGGACAUCACUAAGCGCUUCUGCGAGAACAACGGUCUUGAUGCCAUCAUCCGUAGCCACGAAGUCCGCAUGGACGGCUACGAAGUCCAACACGACGGCCGGUGUAUCACUGUCUUCUCUGCCCCUAGAUACUGCGACUCGACCGAGAAUCGCGGUGCUUACAUCAACAUCCGCUCGGACUACAAGCUGCAAUAUGAGCAGUUUGAUGCCGUUCCUCACCCGGAUAUCCGGCCCAUGGCAUAUGCCCAAAACUCGCUUAUGUCUUCGCUAGCCUAG